AUGACAAUAUCCAUCUCUCCUACAACGAAAACAUCAUCCACACCUCCAUCGAAUCAAUUUCCAUGCCGCACGUUUUCUUCUUCAUCUGCAAAUACGGACCUUCGCUCAAAUUCCGCGUCCAAAGCUUCCGUUAGACAUGCUAGCCACGCAUCAAGCUACAACCCGACGUCUGCAUUCUUCCCCCAAACGAACUUCAACUCUGUAACCACUAUCAAUCCUAAGGCCGUUCAUGUUCGAAUAUUCCCUCGCCCGCGAAACGUUGCUGAAAGCAGAGCUGUGCUCAAGGUGCUGGAACGCUUCGGGGAUGUGGUCAUGUACAAGAACCUACAGUACGAGUCGACACACCCUGCACCAAACGCUGCGUUAGCCAUUUUCGCCAGUCCUGGCGGCGCACAAGCUACACUCGAUGCUUCUCCUGUUCGAUUCACAUUACACUCAGAGCUGGAUGGCGACAAAAUUGUUGAAGAAACGGAUUAUAUCCACGAACUUGCCAAAAAGAUGGCAUCAUCAUUCUCGUCAUCGUCCACCUCCUCUAUGAAGCAUUCUAAUUCGGACAUCUUUGAUGAAGAAGCCACCGAUGAAACAACACACAGUGAAUCUGAUAUCCCGCCUAGAGAGUUUCAAAUCAUCGUCGAACGCUCUCGAUUCAACCACCAGUGGUAUAUUGAACGACAGCCGUUUUAUGGCGGAUUCGCGCCGGACCUAAAAAGCGUCGCGGCAGUAGAUUUGAUAAAGUCCGUCCCACUCCAGGGACUCGCAGACGUAUCGACCUACCGAAAAGAACUCCCGCAUCGGAUCCAGCGGCGUCGGGUGGCAGAGGCGUCUCGUCCCGUGGGCCUCAGAGCCAUGUGGGAAGAAGGUCUACGAGAAGGCUCCGGCGCGAGAACAGCCGGGCCCAAUAUCGAAAUUGGAGCUCGGGAGCAGCGACCAAGGCCUCACACAGCACCGCGACGCAGAGCAGAUGUAGCGGGAAGCCGACCUACUCAGCACCCGCAACAGUAUCAUCAGCGAGAAAUUCCAAGGAGACCCAAACGCGAAAGUAACGCCAUGAGCAGUGAUUCAGCUUCAUCGACAAUACCGCGGCCAUUGAUAUCCGAAGGCGCACACCCGUCAGAACCUGCGUCUUCUCUCAUGCGAGAGCAAAUCUCAUCACCACCGCUGUCGCCGGUGCCGAGAAUAUUACCUGACAGCCAUGUUGCAACCGAGCUUGAAUCGAAAUCUGUCUUCUCAGCUGGGUCCUGGGGAGCGAGCACUUCAUUUGGUCAGGCUCAGACUCGGAGACCACAUUAA